AUGUUUCUUGGGAACCAGAAACUCGAAACACUCGUAUCCACAAUUCUAAAAUUUCAUCGGGGACCUUUACUCAAGUUUGCCAUCCAGGUCCCCGAUUUCCGAAGUAGUCCCAAGAUUGAUCAGUGGAUUGAUCUCUUGCCGAAUGACAAUAUCCAGGAUUUCACACUUCACAUUUCUAGGGGAGACAACCAUAGAUUGCCUUCCCAACUAUUUGAUUUCCACCAGUUAAGGAAUUUGAAGCUCUAUAAAUGUGCGUUUGAUCCUCCUUCGACUUUCAAAGGAUUCAAUAAGCUCGUGAAUCUUGAUCUGCAAAAUGUUGUGUUUGCCCCCGAAACAUUUGGAAAUUUGGUUUCUUGUUGCCCGUCUCUUGAACGACUGAGGUUGAUGGAGUGUAGCAGUCUUGAUUGCAUUGAAAUUGAUGCCCCCAAAUUGAAAUAUUUUGAGUUCCAUGGUGUAUUUAGAUCCAUUUCUUUCAAACAUAGCCCACUUCUUGCGGAAGUUUUGAUAUCUUUCUCGUCCAUGGAUUUUGUAAGGGAAGAUCGUUUCGCCUUCGAUCUGAUAAAGUCGCUAAGUUGUCUUCCUGCGCUUGAGGAACUGCAUCUGCAGGCUUAUGUGUUGGAGGGACUUGCAGAAUAUGGUGCACCUAAGAAACUCCCAGUAACUCUGAAAACACUGAAAACUCUUCACCUUUCGGAUAUGUAUUUUGAAAAGAUAGAUGAGAUCUCGUGCUCAUUGUGCUUGAUCAGAAGCUCUCCCAGUUUACAAAAACUUAAAAUUACUGCCUUCACCUUUGACGUCGUGGAAGCGGUUGCAGAAUUUCUCAGAUCUCAGAAAAGCUCGGAUUGCUCAUUGACUCAUCUUAAGACGGUUAAUAUGCAACUAUUCUCAGGGGCCGAGUCUGAAAUGGAAUUCGUGAAGUAUCUUUUGGCGUCUGCUACUGCACUCGAGGAAAUGGCAAUCUCGCCUCAUGCUGGAAAUGUUUCAGAUGGAGGUGAAUCGAUUUUGAACGAACUUAAACAAUUUCCUCGUGCAUCCCCACGAGCAGAAAUAGUUAAUUCAGAGAAGAAAUAA